AUGGUAAUUUUGUGGAUGAAUCUGAAUGGGGGAAGUACUGGAGAUCGACAAAAAAAAUUGUUUUCUGUCUUGACAGGUUUGUGUGGCGUGUCUGUUGCCGAUCUUCCUAAUCCCAGUGGUCAACGCUCUCCCGUUGCUCUUCCAUUUUAUCCUUGUAAGUCGCGUCGAUCUCUUUACGUCAUUCCUAGUGGAUGUGAUUUCUUAAACUGUCUCUCCAGUCUUGUUUUUCGAUAUGUUUAUGUUUUAAAUCCGCAGCGAUGAUCGUCGCCGUCUCUAUUUGUUUCUGUCACUCGUGAUUAAUGACCAACAUCUAGAGGAAUUAUGUCGUAUUUUCCGCUUUUUUUAGUGCUAGUUUCAUGGUUGAGCGUCUUUCAAUGGAUCUGAUGCUUUCAUUAGAUACUCUUAUUUUCUUCUUCUUCUUUGCGAGGAAUAUCAUCCUGAGUAUGGCACAGUGAUGAUGUCCUGUGUUACUGAAAAUAUGUAAUUAAUUUUGUAAAAAAGUUUGUAUGGUGUGUUCUUGUCAUAUAAAAAUAUUUUUGACAUUUCACUGGGAUCUCAUGAGUAGAAUUGGAAUUUCCUGGGGAGUUUAGAAAAUUUAUGAGGACGUUAUUUUGUAGAUCUUCAUGCGACUUUAGGUAACAUGAAGAGAUCAGAAUUGGUUACGUAUUCUCCUCUCUGAUCCCACUUAACGAAAUAUACCUCCCAGACUCCCACUAUUCAUCCCUCAUCUAGAAAUUUUGGCUGAUCCUAUUGUAAUUCGAAUGUACAACAAAAGUUAUUAUCAUUUGACCUCAUUUAGGCAUUCUUGCUGAAAAUUUCUUUCUUUUUUUUCACAAAUAUCAAAAUUUGGAGUCAGGAAGAAUGAUCCAGGAGCAGGCUCAUAACGUAGUUAUAAGGGAGGUGAUAUGGCAAGCCUAUGAAAACAAAAUUGCAGCUUACAGUCGUGUCGUUGAUGAUUUGCUUUGGUAACACAUAUUAAAGAUAGGAUGUUUUCAUGAUUGAUUCUUUUCUAUUCUUGCACCCCGGAUGUGUCAAUAAUAUUGUUCUAAGCUAUACAAAGUGGUAAUCAACAUUUAACUCAUUGGGUUUGUAGAUUUUCAGCUAAAAUUUAUCACAAAGCCUCGUACUUUUCGCUUAUGUUGUUUUCAAGUGAAAGGCACUCAAGUAGUCAUUAUAUUAGAAGGUUAAGAGACAGAAAAGUGGCAUGAAAACCUUAUAUUAGAAGAAAAUAUGGUCGUUAAUUAGGUUGUUCAGAUCACUGUGGCAGAACUGUGAAAGUGAAAAUGCCUUAUAGUAGGGCCUGAGCUGUGAUUGAUAGAAGAUCAAAUUUGUGCUCUUGAAUCAUGUAAUGAAUUCAAAAGUGUGUUUGUUCUUGGGAUGGUGUGAUGAUCCAAGAGUGUGUUCGUUCUUGGGAUGAUAUGUUUGACAUACAUGCAUAUGAGAGAAAGAGAGAUGGAACGUGGGUGCUUUCGUAAGGGCAUAACAUGCAACUUUCUUUCGGAAAAAAUAGUUCCAGUCGGUAAACGUUCGAACAAGAGAUAAAUCCAUAGCUUCCAGCGACUGAACUUAGAAUAAUAGAUAUUAACUUUAGUCGUCCUGUGGUAACGUUUAUUGAUUCAUAAGCAGACCCCCCUGAUGCGAGAUGGUCAGAAAUAGGCAGACUGACUGAACAAGUAACUAUUCGUUCGUAGAAAUUUUCACUGCAUUCUUGUCGUAGUGUAUCCAACAAAUGUACUAUUUCUUUUGAUGAAGUCAGAUUAUCAUCUGGUUUUUCAAGUAUCACCUUUCUUUUCUUUGUCGUCAUCCUUGCUUCUUUCUCCAAUCACGUGAUUUUCAAAAUUAAGGGUGCAUAAUAUUGUUCUUUGCAUAUGAUUUGAUCUGGAAGGAUUCUUAAGACAUAGAAGAAGCAACAUUAGCAUUUGAGCAAUGUUGAUUAAUUUUACUAGUUAACGGUGUCCUUUCAUUUUGCAGAGCAAAAUUUAUGGGCUUUUUGGAUGGGAAUACAGGAAACCUGUGAGGACUCCCCCAACUUGUCCUUUUAGGCCUGCAUCGAGCAAGAAUAACCAGGUAUAUACGCUUUUUCGUGACUGUAUGGAAAUCGUGGGCAUCUUGGUUGAUGCUCAUCUUACCUUCUUCUUUCAUUUCUUAGCACUGGUGGAGUUAAUAUUUUUGUCUUUUGAGAUGUCUGUUAUCUUAUGUUGACUGAUGGGUAGCUUCUGUUUUAAUUCGCUCUGUUUUAAUAACUUGGAUUUAUGCUAGAGGUCUAUAUCUGAAUUUUACUGUAAGCAGAACGUAAAAAAUGCAAAUUUGCUAUAUUCUUUUGAGAUAGCGUGAGAUCUGGUAAGAGAAAUAAAAGGAUGCGCUGUGAAAGAAGUUAGCCAUUCGAUUAUUCCAUGCACUGAUUAGGAGACAGAUUCACUGAUAAUAGGCCUCCUUUUUAACGUGAGAUAAGUGACAUUAUUUCUUCGAUGUGAAAAGAUGACAUAAUAUCCAACUCGAAAUCGUUUUCUGACUUUCAGUUGAUUUUAUUAUACAUCAAACGGCCUCACUGCUUGACGAAUCUUGGCAGGGCGCCGUUGAAAUCCAGAACCCCCACACUGCUGGGGAACCCACAAAGACGCCUUCACAGGAGGAUAUCAAGCAGGAUUGA